AUGAAAAGCAUGAAAGGAAGAAUUGUAAAGAAACUGAAUUCCAUAUCAACCAUCCACUCUUUGAAACAAGGCUUCUUGUUUAGGACUACCAAUCUGUCAAACCAAUACUUCCAAACUUCAUCACCUCCAAAAGAAUGCGAGAAGGAUAAUAUUCAAUCAGAGCUAGUCACGGGCGGUAGAAUAGAUCAAUCAGAGAUCAUAAAGGAUGCUGAAGAUGACGCACUGGUUCCUGGCAAAUGUGAUGAUGAGAAAGCAGAAGAUUUUAGACCCCCCUUAAAGUCUGAGGAGGACGCAGGCUCUGCUCUCGAUAACAAGGAGGAAUUACAAUUAAUGGCAGAAUCAGCCAUUGAUGAGAAAUGUGAGACCGACUGUCAAAGUGGGGGGUCAGCUGUAGGGCAGCUGAACCAAAAAAAUGUUCAUCAGAGCCCGUCUGACUCCACACUAGUAGCUUGCUUUAAGCUGACAGAUAUGGAAGAAAGCAAAAUGAUUGAUGCAAAUGAUCUGUCUGAACUUCUUUCAUCAUUGCAGGGAUUUGAAGAAAGAUGCCCUCCUGCAGGUGGAAGCGAAUCAAUUGUUCUCUACACAACAAGCAUGAGAGGAAUCAGGAAAACCUUUGAAGACUGCACAAGCAUCCGGUUCCUUCUGGAGAGCUUUCGAGUUGAAUACCACGAGAGAGAUGUCGCGAUGCACUUGGAAUACAGAGAAGAGCUUUGGAGGGUUAUGGGACAAAGGGUAGUCCCUCCCAGGCUGUUCAUCCGAGGUAGAUAUAUCGGAGGGGCAGAUGAAGUGAUAGGAUUGCAUGAAAGGGGAAUGCUGAGGAAGCUCCUGCAAGGGAUACCUGUGACUCCAAACAAUUCUGCUUGCACUGGUUGCGCAGGAGUAAAAUUCGUACUGUGUUUCAACUGCAAUGGAAGCCGCAAGAUCAUCGCUCCAGAUGAUGGACCGGCAAUCAGAUGCUCAGAGUGCAAUGAGAACGGAUUAGUGAAGUGCCCCAUUUGCGGCUUUAAAUAA